UGACAGCAGGAUUGUAAGAUCAAUAAUUUACACAAGACUCGAUUAAACUCUUGUUUUUAAUCAAAAGAAAUUGUGUGGGGCGUAUCAUAUCCUACAAAAUCACAGAGGAACACAAAACAGCAUAAUGGCGACAGAUCCGUGGAUAGUACAUCCGCACGAGCAUGCAAAGUUUGCGGAGCAUUUCCGUAACCUCGGGCCUGUGAAUGGACAUCUGACUGGAGAACAGGCCAAGAGGUUCAUGUUGCAGUCCCAGCUGCCUCCUCCCAUAUUGGGUCAGAUCUGGUCGCUAGCAGACACCAACGCUGAUGGAAAGCUAGAUCUGCGCGAGUUCUCCAUUGCUUGCAAGAUCAUCAACCUGAAACUCCACAAUAUUGAGAUACCGAAAGUAUUGCCGCCUUCUCUGCUCGCCUCCCUGAGCCCGACUGCAGCCACCCCAAAACCGGCCUUCGCAUCUCCGACCCCAGUCCCCGCCCCCAUCAGACCCCCUAUCCCCCCCAUGCCAACCAUACCCCAACAACCUUUAAUAUCUGGUUUACCAACCGCCCCACAAUCUAACCAAUCCCUAUUAGGCGACCUCGUAGGCCCACCCCUAACUCAACAACCGCCUCUAAUCCCACCACUAAACCCACCAAAACCAAAUGUACCAGAUUUAAUCUCAGGUCAACCCUUAGCUCAACCAUUGAUCUCGCAACCUCUAGUUAGCACUCAACCGCUUGUAAACCCGCCUUUGGCUCAACCUAUACUCCCGCCUCAACCAAUAAUCCCGCCUCAACCUAUACUCCCGCCUCAACCAAUGAUCCCCCCUCAACCAAUCAUUCCGACAAACAAUUUGAUUGGUCAAAAUCCGCCUUUGAUUCCAAAUCUAUCAAUGGAAUCUUCAUUUUCGAACUUAAAUCAGCCUUUGAUUCAACCGAUUGCACCUCAAAAUAAGGCAUUUUCCCCUCCUGAAGCACCUGUGACUGGUCAGUCGCCGUUAAUGUCUAAUGUGACUACGGUGACUACAGUGGGGUCUUUAGUCACCAGUCCGCCGUCUGGGGUCAAUAGCCUCGCGGGGGUCAUUCAACCUGUCACUUCGACGCCAUUGGCUGCGAUGAAAAGUGAUAGUAUGUCUAAGCCGGGUUCUCUAGUGACCAGUCCUACUGAGAUGCCGAUGGGUGUCAUGAGUCCCCCAGCGGCGGUGGAAUGGGGGAUUCCUCAACCGCAGAAGCUAAAAUACACGCAGCUGUUCAACGCUACAGACCGCGCCAAGACGGGCUCUGUAUCGGGCGCUCAAGCUCGCUCCAUAAUGCUACAGUCUAGACUCGCCCAGCAGGCACUGGCUCAGAUCUGGGCGCUAGCUGACCUGGAUUCUGACGGGAAAUUGGGUCCCGCUGAAAGAGAGCGCAAAGAACGCGAAGAAGCGGAGAAACGAGAGAAGUUGCGUCUAGAAGCUCAGAAGCGGGAGCAAGAAGAGUUGCUUCGGAAGCAAAAGGAAGAACAAGAAAAACGCGAGGCAGCUCGUAAAGAAAUGGAGCGGCAAUGUCAACUUGAGUGGGAGAAAAAACGAACGAGGGAACUAGAAGCGAUGCGCACAGAAGAACAAUCGAAAGUCUUAUCCCUGAAAGCCAAAAGCCAGAGUGUAUCAGCAGAAUUAAACUCAGUAGUACUACGCGCCAGUAACUUGGCCAAGGACAUCCGGGAGACGAGGACUAGUGUUGCAGCCGCCAAAUGUACUAUUGACGGCAUGAGGUCGGAUCGCGACUCAAGUAUGGCAGAGAUGCAACAACUCAAGGCUCGGGUGAAGGAACUCAAUGCCAAGCAGAUAGCUCUGAACAAGGAGAAGGCGGAACUCGAUGCUAAGGCCAAAGCAUCUGAGGGUGCAGGCGAAGACGGGAAGCUGAAUAUGAUGGAGAUCACUCUCAAACAACUGAGGGAUAAGGUCGAAGCAGCAAAAGCUCUAGUGGAAAGCAAGAAGCAAGACCUGGAAACCAAUAAGGCCCAGCUGUCAGAGCUUAACAAUACAGUUACUGAGCUGGGGGAGAAGUGCGCGCGAGUGUGGAAGCUGUAUGAAGAGAGACGAGAAGAGUAUCUCAGUAGGAGCUCGGCCCCGGCUGAGAGUGCUUGGAACGCAGAAGCGGACUGGGGUACGACAGCGAACGAUGCGUGGGGCGAGGAACCUGCCUCGGACAACGCCUGGGGAGAUGCACCAGCCACUACUGCUAUAGAACCGGUGCCUUCGUCGACUGCUCCUAGAUGGCGCUGCGUGUACGAGUUUACAGCACGCACUGCUGAUGAACUCAGUCUACAGCCCGGCGACCUGGUCAGCGAUGCUCAACCACCUCGCGGUGAUGCCGAGCCUGGAUGGAGAUGGGGAACAGCUCGAGGUCAAUCAGGAUGGUUCCCCGAGUCUUACGUCGAAGAUAUCAAUGCUCCUGCGUCGUACAGCGAGGUCGUUGAACCCAUGGAGACGAAGACUCAGUUGGAAGGCAUUGCUGAGGUGCCUGAAGCUGAAAUGGCGAACGAUCUCGGUGGAGCCAUGCCCGUAGUCCAAGGCGGUGAUUUCUACAUAGCUGCCUAUCCGUAUACGUCAGCUGAACCAGGCGAUCUUACCUUCGAAGCUGGAGAGAGGAUCGAGGUCAUACGGAGGGACGGGGACUGGUGGACUGGGAGGAUCGGUAUCAGAACGGGCAUCUUCCCCUCAAACUACGUGACCAAAGACACGACCACGACGGUUGACGUCAUAGCUUCCAUCCCCGAGGCCGAGGAGAUUGUUGACGGACAGACUGACGUCGCUCCAGCACUGCCACAACAAAACGCUGCGCCGUACUCUCCACCUGUACAGGAACAAAAAUCGUCCACCCCGAUAUCCUCCGAAGUGGCCUCUAUAACGGAGGGCGGAGGGUCUGCAGCGGGGGGCGCGCGCCCGGCCUCCGCCGCCCGCCGGGACUCCGGCCGGGACUCCGUCACGGGCAGGCGGAAGAACGAGGUCGCACAAGCCAUCGCUAAUUAUACGGCUACUAGCUCCGAACAACUCUCCCUAACCAAAGGCCAGCUCCUAGUAGUCCGCAAGAAGGCGGACAGUGGAUGGUGGGAGGGGGAACUGCAGGCUAAAGGGCGGAACAGGCAGGUUGGGUGGUUCCCUGCAAGCUAUGUUAAGAUACUCCAGUCUUCAGGCCGGACUUCCGGUAGAACAACACCAGUUCUGUCCAAAAUGGACACGCUACCAUCUGAAACAGUCAUCGAUAAGGUAAUCGCACUAUAUCCAUAUACCGCACAAAACGCAGAUGAGCUAAGUUUCGAAAAAGAUGACAUUAUAGCAGUCACUGACCGCUCGCAAGACCCAGCGUGGUGGCAAGGCGAACUUCGAGGAAUGACUGGACUAUUCCCAAGCAACUAUGUUACGAAAUUAGUCAACUAAAUCCUAUGUUUAGUCGUACUAAUAUUGUAAUCUAUAUUAUUAAUAACUCUUAGUACCUAAUAACUAGGCAAGUGCUUAUAGUAAACUAUUUAUUAAUCAUUUGUAAUACCCCAAUCCCCCAAACCCCCAAUCUCUAAUCCUAAAUCCCAAUACCCCAAUCCCCCAAUCUCUAAUCCUAAAAUAACCCAAUCUCCAUUCCUCAAUCCCCAACCUCCAAUCCUAGAUCCCUGAUUCCCAAUCCCCCAUCCCCCAUCUCCAAUCCUCAAUCUUUAAUCCCAAUCUCCAAUCCUCAACCCCCAAUCUCCAAUUCAUCCCCAAUCCCUAAAAAGCCGGCAACGAUAAUUUAUUAGAAUAUUAAUUAGCACUAUUAUAAUACAUAUAAGUAAUAUAUUAUUUAUAUUAUUAAAAAAAUAUCACUUAUGCCCCGAUUCUUUGCUCCUAAGCGUAUAAAAGCACUUGUCUAGCGCAACAGUUCAUAUUUAAUCGCGCUUAUAUAAAACGUAGGUGAAGGGUGACGGACAAUAUGUAGGUACCUACCGACCAAUAACAACCAGAUGUAUGUUUUUUAUGGCAUUUUUAAGGGGGGA